GAAUUCUGGAAAGAGACUGCAACAAAUAUUACACAGUACACCUUUAAAGUGAGCAAUCUCCUCGGCCCCACAGUCCAAAUCCACCUGGGGGCAACAAGCCUCUCAGAUUGCACAAGGAAGCAGCAGCAGCAGCCUUUACAUGCAUGGCGAGAAAACCAGCCCAGCUUUUCUACAUAACCUGCGCAGCCAGCCUGCGUUUCCUUUCCUUCGGGCAAGUGUGCCGCAACUUUUCUCUCUCUCUCUCUAUCUCUCUCUCUCUCUUCAUCCAGUCUUUCCUUCUCUCUCUCCCGUAUGUACAGCCUUCUUCUUUUUCUCUCUGAUUGCUUCCUUGCCGGUACGACUCGACUUGAAAAAAAAAUUAAAUGCAGUCACUUCCUCGUUUGUGGAGAUAACAGCCCGGAGUGGAGCUGAAAGGGAGCUCAGUGUGUGUGUCUGUGUGUGAGUGUGAAAGAGAGAAGAGAAGUCGACAGUCUACCAGACAAGUCGACACAGGCAGCCACCGCGAGCACAGCUGUCUGUAACGCUUUCAAACUAACCACCAACAACAACAACCACCAACACCCACCCCCUCCCAAAACCACAACACCUCAACCCACUCGCUGUCAAUUGUUCCAAAACGGACAGCUUCGUCAUGGAAACUAUCAUCAUGAGUUAGAGAAGGGGCUUGGACUGCCGUGAGGAUUCCCCUGUCAGAGAGAGAGAGAGAGAGAGAGAGAGAGAGAGAGAGAGAGAGAGAGAGAGAGAGAGAGAACAAGUAUGCAGGAGAUGAAAAGGGCAAAAUUAUAGCAGCUGGAUUGACGUCUGAGAAGGACACCCUCUUUCUCUCCCUCCUACAGUAACACAACUGGACCAGUGGCACACAUAAGAAGAGUACCACAGGGCAUACAGUAUCCAGAGAGGUACACUGCACAUGCAAGUCAAUAACUGAGGACAGACAGUCUGACACAGAUAUAACCCAGAACUUUUCAAGAGAAAUACAAACAGACACAUACACAAACACACACACACACAAACAGACACACACACACGCACGCACACAGAAAUGCACAGCUCCUCGGACAAGCAUCAGAGCAAAGUGGAACGCUUCCUCAAGCUGGGCUACUCCCGUGCGGACAUCGUGCGAGUGUUGGACAGCCUCCGUCAUGACGCCCAGACCAACGACAUCCUGGGGGAGCUCAUCAAAACCGGCGGCCACCAGGCCUCCAGCACCAGCACCAGCAGCAGUACCAACACCCCAGCCACCACCUCUGCCACCCCCAGCCCCACAGCAGCCAGGCAUACAGGGGCACACAACGGGCUGCCCGGGGGCUCGGCCAAAAGCUCCAGGCCGCCCAGCAGCAGCAGCAGCAGCAGUAGCCCACAGCUCGUGGCCAGGGGAUGUGGCUCUCCUCGAGCAGUGUCGCCAUCGCAGAGUCCUGCCGCCCCAGUGGACCGCAACCACGCCAGCAACUUCAGGCCAGUGGUCAUUGACGGCAGCAACGUGGCCAUGAGCCAUGGCAACAAACAGGUCUUCUCGUGUCGUGGUGUGCAGCUGGCCGUGAAGUGGUUUUGGGAUCGGGGCUUGCGGGACAUCACCGUGUUUGUGCCACUGUGGAGGAAGGAGCAGCCGCGGCCGGAGACGCCAAUCACAGAUCAGCACAUCCUGACUGAACUGGAACGGAAGAAGAUUCUUGUAUUCACCCCAUCGCGAUGUGUUGGCGGCAAGCGGAUUGUGUGUUACGACGACCGCUACAUUGUCGAACUGGCCUUUGCGUCAGACGGGAUCAUCGUGUCCAACGAUAACUACCGUGACCUGCAGAUCGAAAAGCCCCAGUGGAAGAAGUUCAUUGAGGACCGCCUGCUGAUGUACACUUUUGCCAAUGACACAUUUAUGCCACCUGAAGAUCCACUUGGAAGGAACGGACCAACUCUGGACAACUUCUUGAGGAAAUCACCAACAGUUCCUGAAAACAAGCAGCCACCUUGUCCAUAUGGAAAGAAGUGCACAUAUGGCGUGAAGUGCAAAUACUCCCACCCGGAACGUGCAGACCAAUCUCAGCUUUCUGUGGCGGAUGAGCUGAGAGCGAAAAGCAGGUCAGCCAUUGAGGAGAACCAGGCUCUGCACCACCAGGUGCCCCCCACAGCGUACCCUGCCCUCCAUCCGUACCCAUUGGGGCCCAGUGGCACGGGCUUGGCUGGCUACAGCCACGGUGGUCGGUACUCCAUGUUGCCUCACUGUGUGGUGGGGCAGGAGACGGACGGCUGCCCCCCGGCACUGCGACCCUGCAGCCCCAGAGUAGCGAACGGCUCCUACACCCCGUCCACUGGCCCAGACAGUGGACUAAGCUUUGGCUCGGAUCCCUGGAUGCCAGAUGUUCCACCACAUCACUUCCACCCCUAUCACCAGCUUGAAGUCCCCCCACGGUCGGCUGGGUCCAUAGCCACCAGUAGUGGCGUGGCGGGGCUCAGUGACUUGUACUCGUCUGCCAGCUCGUCUGGUAGGCUGGAUAUGGAUGAGAGCCUGGAUCACACACAUAACACAGGACUGGGCCAUUCAAGGUCAGAACGCCGCUACCCACACGUGACAUCAGAGGGCCAUGUCAUAGGUGGACAGGGAUACCCAGCACCACCAGGUGUCUCUAAGGGUCAUAGAUGCGGCCCCUCAUAUCCGUUUCACAUGCACAUGCCACCACUGGCACACGACGGGCGGUGCCACAGCUACGACUUUGUCGACCACCGACCAGCCAACCCACAUUGCCAGCAGCAAUACCGGCCCAGCAGGUCAAUGGAUGAGUUUUGGAGGCCAGUGUCUUCGCCCUCCCCCAGUGACAACAGGCAGGUUGCCAAGGCGCAUCUGAGUGCCAUUUUCCCUCCAGACUCUGUGGACCAUGUAAUGAGCCUCUAUCCGCAUGUUAAUGACACAACUGAGCUGGUAGCCCUAAUGCGGAAGCUUAAAACUACCUUCUAAGAGGUCUGUUAAGCAAAUUCCUUUUCCGAAGUUCUUUUCAGGAUUCUGGUGUACCGUUUACAAUUUGAAAAAAGGAGGACACAAGUGUCCAAAAGACUCAAACUGCUUGACCUCUAAAAGGUCUUCAACAUCAACUUCCUAUAUCCUGCUAUUUGUAGGCCUGUACUGUAUAGGCAUUUUCCUACUUUGACUGUUGACACUGAAAGUGUUUGAAUGUGAAUGUGAAUGUGCCAUGCACUACUGCCUGAAAACUGCAAAAGGAACUCCUUGAACCCCUUCUUCCUGCCCUGUAUAGUAAACAGUACAUUUUGCAGUGUUAAUUCAAAACUUACAACCAAAUGGACUCAGCACCAAUAGUUAAUCUACACUGGGAUUUACACUCUCUUGGAGGGUAUCUUUAGCCCUAAUCGCAAUUUGUUGAAUUAAAACAGCAAAGCAAACUGUGUAGAAUUACAGGAUUCUGCGUGUGGUGAUCCAGAUUUGCCUCAGAGAAAGGAGCAAUAAGGGGCUGUAAUAGCAUUAAGAAACUUAUGUCAAAGCAACAAAGUUGUUUUUAGUACCGUAGCCCCGAUAUGGGGAUGGCAAUAAAAGUAUGUUACUGCAAAGCUCAGAUGUAAAAUGUUCCAUUUAGGAACACUAUUUCCUUUCAAUGAAACCUGUACUGUAUGUGUUUUGCAUAUGAUUAGAUGUUUCUGUUAUUGUCAUUCAUUUUCUUCUUGGCACGUAAACAAGGACAUGUUCAGCGAGUUCCUAUCAGCGAGCACACUUCCUGGUAACCAUAUUUCUGCAUUCACUCACUCAAGAUAAAAGAGUCAGUAAACUCAACAAGGAAGUUUUUAACCGCCUCUGAGCUAUAAGGAACUGCUACACUUCUCUGGAACUCUCUGGAGUGCGCUUUAGCCAUGCAACCUGAAACCGGUUUUCAAAAUCUGCUGCAACACCUCUGGUGCCACCUAGUGGAUUCAAUGUCAAAAACACUUCAAGAUGAUCAUCCUUCAUGAUUCUUGGAUGAGCAGUCGAUACAAAGUAUCAGCAAAGCUGCUACUACUACUACUAAUGAUGAUGAUGAUGAUGACGAUGAUGAUGAAGUAGUGGGGGAAUCGUACAGAAUUCAGAAUAAAUUUUUUUUAUUUUUACAAAUAACUUAUCUGUUACAAAGACAGUUUUCCCAGCUAAAAUCAAAAAAACAACUUUAGAUAUCCAAAUUAGUCUUUUUUUUUGCUUUUAAUUCAUAGAACAUGUAUGACCAGACUUGUCUCACUGGGCUUUGGCUGAAAAGCAGAUACUGGAGUUCCUUUCUUUAAUUUUCAAAACAGAUAAAAUCAAAGUAUCACAUAAGUGCUUUGGAGAUCUCCUAUUCAUGUAACCCUCUACCCUUCCAUGCAUACAACGCCUUUUGGUGUUUUUUUGUAACCGUUUUUCUCUUUUAAACCAACAUAUUUGACAGGUGAACUGCAUAGAUUACUCAUACACAUAGCAUUCCAAUCCAGCAGGGUGAGGCAGCAAAUUGCAACACGUGAGAAUUUUUUUUUUUCGUAUAUCACAAAUCUGAAAAAAUAAAAUAAAAUAAAAUAAAAGGAACUUCAAAUGUUACGCUAAAAAUCAAUAAAACAGUAAACGCUGAAUUCUCAAAUCAAAUAAGAGGGACCAACAUACUUGGGGGCUGGAGGGAACGGGGACAAAAUAAUUGUUUGUGGCACUGUCUGAUAGGACUGCAAGUCUUCUUCUCCAAGGUUGAGUCCUUAAGGCUUUGGGCCUUUCUGUUGAUGCACACCUGUGCAAGGCACUUGAUGACAGACAAGGCUGCUUCACUUAACAAACAGGCUGUCCUGGAGCUUUGGUUGAUUAUUAGUCCAUUGGUUGCAACAAAUACCUGUUCACCCAAUCAUAUCACCGAUCGUGCCAGUUUCAUUUAUGAAACAUCUCCAUUUUGCUGAGCAAUCAUCUUUAGAUCAAGCGGUGCUCAUUAAACCCUGCCCACCCAAACCCCACCCUGCCCCCCUCAAAAAAGUCCAAGCCCUCAACACUUUACUCUGAUGAAUAUAUAGUUUCUUUUUUUUCUAUAAAAUGUUUAAGGGUGCAUUGUUAGAAAUGCACGCUUUCCUUGGCACAGAGGUGUAAAAAUCCCCGAAAAUUAAGCCUACAUUCCAGUUGUCAGAUAAGAUGGUUAGUCAUUCCUUUAUUCUGUGGGCUUGUUUUUUGUCCUUUCCAACAGUCCAUAGUUUCUCUUGCAUCUUUCGAGACGAGGAAAAAAAAAUCCAAUAACUCCAUCUUCCGACUACUGCUGCAUGCGCAGAUCAAUCGAUCGUACAUGGGAUUGUCAGCAGCUUUGGGUGCCAGUAACAGGAAACGGUGGGCAGACCAGCGCUUUAAAGACAUGUCCGAGACCAAGAAAAACAAACAAAAAAACCUAAAUGAAAACGACAAAAAAUGACAAAAACAACAACAAAAAACAGCUUUCCUGCUUCGUUUCCCAUUUGGUUGGCACUGCUUCCCUCCUCACAGAAGUCAAGUUCAAAAGCUUACAAAAAAAGGGUAAGGGGAGAAGAACCGUGCUUAUUAAUGUUCAAGAAAGGGGGAAAAAAGGGGGAGAUUGAGGGGAAAAAUAGAUGAAACGUUAUUCUAUAGUAAGUCUCUAGAGCUAUACUUACAAGACAUAUAAAGAGAUUCAUAGUGUGAGAAGGAGGCAUCUUUUUUGUCAUUUAAAAGCACAUUCUAAAACUAUGUACAGUUAUAAGUUCAGGGGUAAUCUCCAUUUCCUGUACAUGUAAAAGCAUGCAGUUUUAGUUUUUUUUCCUCUUUUUUUAAAGUUCUUUUUUUCUGCUACAGACUGCAGGGGAUUGUGUUUUGGUUGAGGAGUCCUCUGGAACAGAUGGCGAGAAACAGAAACAUAUUUUUUUUCCUCUUUUCUUCUUCCGCUCGCCAUUGUUGGCAGAAACACUCUGCCAAAGCCUUCCCCAUAGGCCAUCCACGCCCCUGGAGACAUCCACCUGGGGUUCAGGUGAGCUGAGGGCGCCAUCAGGUAUCCCCUGCGUAGUCUUAUCCCUCUGCAGGGGACACCUUGUCCCACAGACAGCCACGCUCACAUCCAGACCCCACCUGUUCCACUCAGGCUGGGUGAGAAGAGCCACAGAUCACUUGCAUCCACACAGCCACUCCCUGUGUGCGCAUACAGGCAAUGUUGAUGGGUAGGAGUGUACAGUAUGUAUGUGUGUGAGUGUGUGUAAGAGUGUGAGUGUGAGUGUGUGUGUGUGUGAGAGA